UUUUUAUUGUUCCUUCAUGUAUUACUUGGUUAAUUUAGACAAUUUAAUUACGAAAAAGUAAUUAUUUACGUAGUUAAAAGAGAGAGUGGCGGUAUAUAAAAUAAAAUAUGAAUUUGGUGAAUUAAGAUAAGAAUAGGAAUAUGGCUACUUUUUUCAGUAUUUUUAACACGCUUUUAUUUUAUCUGUGGAUUGCUCGCUUGUCUGUCGUCUUAUUGUAUCAUGAAUCAAGAAACAACAUAACCUUUCGAGUUUCGUUUGGGUUUAGAGUUUUAGACUUUAGUUUUUGAACUUGACUAUAAUAGGGCAAUAAAAUUGUUUUAAACUGGUAUAAUAAGUAAUUAUAAAUAUAUAAAAUGCCUUUACUAGACGGCAAGGAAAUAGACAUAUUCUUUAGUGAAGAAGAUCUCCCGUAUGAGGAGGAGAUAUUAAGGAAUCCCUUUUCAGUUAAACAUUGGCUUAGAUACAUAGAACAUAAGAAAGCAGCUCCUAAACAUGAGAUUAAUAUGAUCUAUGAAAGAGCUUUGAAAGAACUACCAGGGUCAUUCAAAUUAUGGUAUAACUAUUUAAAAUUGAGAAGAAGUCAAAUUCGAGGCAAAUGCAUUACUGACCCUUGUUUUGAAGAUGUUAACAAUUGCUUUGAAAGAUCUUUAGUGUUUAUGCAUAAAAUGCCAAGAAUAUGGAUGGAUUACUGUACAUUUCUGACUGAUCAAUGUAAAAUAACAGUCACUAGAAAAGCAUUUGAUAGUGCAUUAAGAGCUUUGCCAAUAACACAACAUCAUAGAAUAUGGCCUCUUUACUUAAUUUUUUUGAAGAAGCACAACAUUUCUGAAACUGCAGUGAGAGUAUUUCGACGCUAUCUGAAGUUAUGUCCAGAAGACACGGAAGAGUAUAUUGACUAUCUGAUUUCUAUUAAUAAACUGGAUGAAGCUGCAGUUAAGCUAGCCCAAAUAGUGAACAAUGAAAAUUUUCAAUCAAAGCAUGGCAAAUCCAACCAUCAACUGUGGAAUGAACUUUGUGAAUUAAUAUCCAAGAACCCAGAUCAAAUUCAUUCUCUCAAUGUGGAUGCUAUCAUUAGAGGUGGGCUCAGGCGAUAUACAGAUCAACUUGGUCAUCUGUGGAACUCAUUGGCUGAUUACUAUGUAAGAAGUGGUCUAUUUGAGAGAGCAAGGGACAUUUAUGAAGAAGCCAUACAAACAGUUACAACAGUUAGAGAUUUCACUCAAGUCUUUGAUGCAUAUGCUCAAUUUGAAGAACUCAGCCUAAGCAAAAAGAUGGAAGAAGUGGCAAAAAAACCUAGCCCUACUGAAGAUGAUGACAUUGAUCUUGAACUUAGACUUGCAAGAUUUGAAUACCUUAUGGAGAGAAGAUUAUUGUUAUUGAACUCUGUGCUGUUGAGACAAAACCCACACAAUGUGGCUGAAUGGCAUAAGAGAGUUAAAUUAUAUGAAGAUAAACCCCAUGAAAUUAUUGAUACCUAUACUGAAGCUGUUCAAACAGUAGACCCUAAACUGGCUGUUGGUAAAUUAUACACCUUGUGGGUUGGUUUUGCUAAAUUCUAUGAAAAAAAUGAGCAGAUAGAGGAUGCAAGACUCAUAUUUGAAAAGGCAACACAAGUUAACUAUGCUAAAGUUGAUGAUCUAGCUUCAGUCUGGUGUGAAUGGGCAGAAAUGGAAAUAAGGCAUGAAAAUUAUGAAGAAGCUCUUAAAUUAAUGCAAAGAGCUACAGUUUUACCUAGCCGGAAAGUUGCUUAUCAUGAUGAUACUGAGACAGUUCAAAUGAGGUUGUAUAAGUCUCUAAAAGUUUGGUCCAUGUAUGCUGAUUUAGAAGAAAGUUUUGGUACAUAUAAAUCAUGUAAAGCAGUUUAUGACCAUAUCAUUGACUUGAAAAUUGCAACACCACAAAUCAUAAUAAACUAUGGCCUCUUUUUAGAAGAGCACAAUUACUUUGAGGAGGCUUUUAGAGCUUACGAAAAGGGUAUUGCUUUAUUCAAAUGGCCCAAUGUUUAUGAUAUUUGGAACACCUAUCUUACAAAGUUUUUGAAGAGAUAUGGUGGAUCAAAACUUGAAAGAGCUCGGGAUUUAUUUGAACAAUGCCUUGAACAUUGUCCUCCCGAGUUUGCAAAGUCUAUAUUUUUACUAUAUGCUAAGCUAGAAGAAGAACAUGGUUUGGCUAGACACGCUAUGGCGGUAUAUGAACGAGCCACAACUGCAGUUCUUCAGGAACAAAUGUUUGAAAUGUUCAAUAUUUACAUUAAAAAAGCUGCUGAAAUAUAUGGCGUGCCAAAGACUCGUCAAAUAUACGAAAAAGCCAUUGAAACACUUCCUGAUGAAAAAUCAAGAGAAAUGUGUAUACGCUUUUCAGAAAUGGAAACACGCCUCGGUGAAAUAGAUAGAGCACGCGCCAUAUACGCUCAUUGUAGUCAGAUGUGUGAUCCAAGAAUCACGGCUGAGUUUUGGAACACUUGGAAAGAGUUCGAAGUUCGUCAUGGCAAUGAAGACACAAUGCGAGAAAUGCUUAGGAUUAAACGAAGUGUCCAAGCUACAUACAAUACACAAGUGAAUAUGAUGUCUGCUCAAAUGUUAAGUUCUGCAGCUCAAGCAGCUGGUACUAUUUCUGAUCUUGCGCCAGGUAUGAAGGAUGGCAUGAGAAUGUUAGAAGCCAAAGCUGCAGAGAUGGCUGUCCAAAGUAAAGGCAACAUUUCAUUUGUACGAGGUGAAACACAAGGUCUUAAGGAUAGUGAUGAUAAAGUGGUUAAUCCAGAUGAAAUUGAAAUUGAUGAGGAAUCUGAAAACAGUGAAGAUGAAAGUGAAGUUGCUCCUGUUCAGAAAAAGGAAAUCCCAGCUGCUGUGUUUGGAGGACUUGUCAAAGACACUGAAUAAGUUAUAACUAUUAACUGUAUAUUUAAGUUAAUCAAAAUAAAUACUUUUAGUAAUAAA